AACCAUUGAAGAGGAAGAAGAACGGGAAAUAAUGUAGAGCGUCCUCUAACAUUCUCUAUGGUCUGUCCUCUACCCCCGUCAAUCUUUAUCUGGAAAGGGAGCCCAGGUGUCACGGAUCUUCAGCAAAUACAGACAUAAUUAUCCAUCAUGGCUCUAAGAAGUGCUGUGGGCCGCCUGCUGUCCCAAAGAUGUGCAGUCAUUUCAGCAUCAAGAUCACAGGGAUCAGCAGCGCCUGCACAAAAGAAUGCAGAAAGGGUCAGUGAAAAGAAGUUUAACUGGCGUGAUGGCCUGGAGCUGGAGGGGCAGCUGACUGAGGAGGAGAUCAUGAUCCGAGACUCAACCCGUGAUUACUGUCAUGACAAACUCAUGCCCCGCAUUCUGAUGGCCAACAGAAACGAAGUGUUCCAUAGGGACAUUGUGUCAGAAAUGGGGGAGCUGGGUGUCCUGGGUCCAACCAUUAAAGGCUAUGGCUGUGCUGGGACGAGCUAUGUCGCCUACGGUUUGAUUGCAAGGGAAGUUGAGAGAGUGGAUAGUGGCUACCGAUCUGUCAUGAGUGUUCAGUCCUCCCUGGUCAUGCAUCCAAUCUAUGCAUAUGGUACUGAAGAGCAGAAAGAGAAGUACCUGCCCAGGCUGGCUCGCGGGGAGAUCCUGGGCUGUUUUGGGUUGACUGAACCCAACCACGGAAGUGACCCCGGCGGCAUGGAGACCCGGGCCAAAUUUAACCCUUCCAGCCGAACCUUCACCCUCACCGGCUCCAAGACCUGGAUCACCAACUCCCCUGUGGCAGACAUCGCUGUUGUCUGGGCCAAGUGUGAUGAUGGAAAGGUGCGUGGCUUCAUCUUGGAGCGUGGCAUGAAGGGAUUCUCCACGCCUAAGAUCGAGGGAAAGUUCUCCCUCAGGGCGUCUUCCACUGGCAUGAUCAUUAUGGAUGAGGUGGAGGUCCCGGAGGAUAACAUGCUGCCCAGAGUGUCCGGUUUAGGGGGUCCCUUUGGUUGUCUGAACAACGCACGGUAUGGCAUCGCCUGGGGGUCAUUAGGUGCUGCAGAGUUCUGCUUCCACACAGCCCGUCAGUACACGCUGGACAGAAUUCAGUUUGGAGUUCCACUGGCCAGAAACCAGUUGAUGCAGAAGAAGAUGGCUGACAUGUUGACAGAGAUCACCAUUGGCCUUCAGGCCUGUUUACAGCUUGGAAGACUCAUCGACGCCAAAAAGGCUGCCCCUGAGAUGAUCUCUAUGCUGAAAAGAAACAGCUGUGGGAAGUCCCUGGAUAUCGCCCGUCAGGCCAGGGACAUGCUGGGAGGAAACGGUAUCUCUGAUGAGUACCACAUCAUCCGCCAUGUUAUGAACCUGGAGGCCGUUAACACAUACGAAGGUACUCAUGACAUCCAUGCCCUGAUUCUGGGCAGAGCCAUCACCGGACUGCAGUCUUUCACGGUUAAUAACUAACUGCCAGAUGUUCAUACUCAAACACCAGUAACAGAAGCAUCAAGUUAAUCUGUUCCUUAAGCAAAGGUUGAAAAGUUCUUCACUUUCACUGCUUUGAUCGAUUGAUCUACAAUAUCACCAACACUAAUGCUGUCAGUCUUUAGUUUCUGGAAUAUGUACAUUAAGGGCUUUUUUGUAUAUAUGUUUUCAAACAGAUUAAGCUUAGUACCGGAGUAAAAAAUGUAUGCUCAUUUCAGAAUCACAAUUGAAGUAGCAUUUCCCUUUAUGACUAGGCUUUAACUGUGCCCAGGAAGGCAGCCCUAAAUCUUUACGUGAAAGAUCAGGUUGGGUUUUCAACACAAGUUCCCAACAAUUCUGAAAUGUAAUUAUUUUAAAGCUGAUUUUUCAAAAUAAAAGGCAAAGCUAUUUUUCAUCCUAAA